CCCAACAUCACCAGCCACAUUUGGACUAUUACGAAAGACCCAACAGCCUCCGAUGGGGGAAACUACAUCCAAUGACACUGAGCAGUUGGCAAAGGCGAAUGCACGGCUUUUCCUUUUAAAGAAAGAAGAAUUCUCCCUUCCUCCCGUUGCCUCGCCACCACUACCGGAGUAUGUAUUCAAAGAGGCCGAACUAUCACGGGCAGAAGAAACUCUAAUGGAACUUCUUGAUGUCGAGGCUGAAGCGGGGUCCAUUGAUGGCGACUUUGAAUCACGUCUCACCGACCUUCGGAUCGAACAAGAGUCGGCUCUUCCUUCUGAGAGACCGGUGUCAGAGAACUCCAAGAAUGAACCGCGAGACGGCACCGAAUUUCGCUGUGAGACAUGCGGAUACUUUCCGCGUGGCAAUCCCAAGUACUUCAAGCGGAGUCUAGCCAAACACAUGAUGCGACACGUGGUCAAAGAGUCAAGAUCAUCACUCCAUGAGGCUGGAGAUAGAUCUGAAGCUGUUGUAUACGAAGGCGAGGUGAUUUCGGCCCCCAGCCAACUCACUGAGAUUGACUUUGAUGAGUCCCUGACUGGCACAAAAAGCGGUUUUGAUGGAUUCGACAAGCUCGAUUCCCCUGGUCCCCAAGAAUUUGCCCGUGACUUCAAAGACGAGGGAGCCUUUACAGACUCCGGUUACGCCUCUGCACCGAAUAUGAAUGGAUACUUGAGCAUCAAGUCUCCAACUGCAAAGAGAGGGAGUCCUGGCCCCAACUGUACUGACAACGACGACACUGCAACACUGUACUCAGCUGGAACCACUGUUGCACCUGCGCGAGCCCAAACUUACAUUUCCGAGAUUUGCAACGACAUUUAUAGCAAGUUGAACGAUUCUGUCAACGCCAAAACGUGGCCGGUGGUGUCCAAAAUCUUGCCGGAUCUCAUCAAGGCCUUUGCCGUCCGGCUGGGCAACGACUGUGCUGUGCAAGUCAACAGAGAUAUUAUGUAUUUCGUUCAUCAACAACAUAAAGAGGUGGUAUCGCAACUUGAAGCCAUGUUCAGUCAUGACGCCGAAGAGCCAUUGGAAAACUGCCGCCCUACUCUUCAAGGGAUGCCUCUGCUUGAUAAGAUGUCCAUGUGGCGGAGCAGGGAUGGCGAAGAUGCCACUCCGGCAGCUGACGGCGACGAUUACUUCCACGGCGUCAACGACGACGAAGACCAGGACGACCACAUUGAAAACAUCAAUCUGUCGACAUACUAGAAAGUCAUCUUCGACAGCCAGGCGUACAAGUGGUUCCUUGCCACUUGUAAAAAGGAAGUGACGCUGCAGCAAGAAGCGACAACCUCUUCGUCCUCAUGCACCAUGGCGAAUGAGAGUAUUCGCCGAAGACUGAUGGAAAAGCUCCCGACGGGAACCAUCAGCAAGCGGUAUGCCCCGAGUAGGCACGAAAUGACAUUUGUUCU